GAGAGUCCUGGAGGUGGCGUGGGAUCACAGAGUUUAGGAGAUUCGGGAACAGUGAGCCUUGUGAGGCUGCGGGGAAGCGGGGCGCGCUGGUCGGGGUCUUCCUGUAGCUGAGCACCCGGAGCCCUGAAUCCGGAGAGUGCGCCCCGCCCUGCGCCGCGCCCCCGGACCUCCGGGUUAUCCGCAGGGCCCCAGGCGCCGCGCUGCCCCGCCGCCUGGCAGACAGGCUGGGUUCCCAGUCUACGGUAGCCCGGUGGCCUAUUUCAGCCGGGUGGCCUGUGUCGGAGACUGCCGGCAAUGAUAUCCUGUUCCUCAUCCCUGAAUCAUCAUCUUUGAAAUUAUAAGACAUGGAGGAUGAAGAUAAGACAGUUGGAUGUCAGGAUUCAAAGCCAUCCACAGGGACCAGUCACACAGCUUCUGUGCAUCAAGGACCACAGGAGGAGAGAGUCAUGAACCUCAAAGAUGGGAAUGAGCCAACAGAAGACAGCAACCUGCUCAAAAGUGAUGAAAAGAAGCCGCAGGAAUUGGCAAGAGAAUCCAGUCACUUGCAGAGUCUGAGACGGAUACUGGCUUGCCCUCCACAUGGCUGGUUGAGCAAAGUGAUAACAAAUGGUACCAUGGUUGUUCUCCUGUGGGCUGUGGUGUGGUCAAUUACCGGCCCUGAGAGUCUUCCUGGAGGAAAUCUGUUUGGAAUCAUAAUCCUAUUCUAUUGUGCUGUCACCGGAGGCAAAAUCUUUGGACUCAUUAAGUUACCAACCUUGCCUCCUCUGCCUCCUCUUCUUGGCAUGCUGCUUGCUGGGUUUCUCUUGAGAAAUGUCCCAGUCAUCAGUGAUAAUGUCCGGAUCCAGCAGAAGUGGUCUUCUUCUUUGAGAAGCAUAGCCCUUUCUGUCAUUUUGGUUCGUGCUGGCCUCGGUCUGGACCCAAAGGCGCUGAAGAAACUGAAGGGGGUGUGUGUACGACUGGCCGUGGGUCCCUGCGUUGUGGAAGCGUGUAUUUCUGCGCUCCUUUCCCACUUCCUGAUGGGCUUGCCUUGGCAGUGGGGGUUCAUACUAGGUUUUGUCAUAGGUGCUGUGUCUCCAGCUGUCGUGGUCCCUUCGAUGCUCCUUCUGCAAGAAGGAGGCUACGGUGUUGAAAAAGGUGUUCCAACUUUACUCAUGGCCGCUGGCAGCUUUGAUGACAUUUUGGCCAUCACUGGCUUCAACACAUGCUUGGGUGUGGCCUUUUCCACAGGGUCUACAGUUUUUAACAUCUUCAGGGGCGUUUUGGAGGUGGUAAUUGGCAUGGCUACUGGAUCUUUUCUUGGGUUUUUUAUACAGUACUUUCCAAGCAGUGACCAGGACAACCUUGUGUGGAAGCGAGCCUUCCUGGUUCUGGGCUUUGCUGUGCUAGCUGUGUUCAGCAGUGUUUAUUUUGGCUUCCCAGGGUCAGGAGGACUGUCCACACUGGUCAUGGCUUUCCUUGCAGGCAUGAGAUGGAGUGACAAGAAGUCAGAGGUAGAAAAAAUAAUUGCAGUCACCUGGGACAUUUUCCAGCCCCUUCUGUUUGGCCUGAUUGGAGCAGAGGUAUCUAUUGCAUCGCUCAGACCAGAAACUGUUGGCCUGUGUGUUGCCACGCUUGGCACUGCAGUAUUGAUACGAAUUUUGACUACAUUUCUGAUGGUGUGUUUUGCUGGUUUUAACAUAAAGGAAAAGAUAUUUAUUUCUUUUGCAUGGCUUCCAAAGGCCACAGUCCAGGCUGCCAUUGGGUCUGUGGCUCUGGACACAGCGAGAACCCAUGGAGAAAAGCAGUUAGAAAAAUAUGGAAUGGAUGUGUUGACAGUGGCAUUUUUGUCCAUCCUCAUCACAGCACCAAUUGGAAGUCUACUGAUUGGUUUGCUGGGUCCCAGACUUCUUCAGAAAUUUGAACAUCAAAAUGAAGAGGAAGUUCAAGAAGAGACUUCAGCACACGUUCAGAGGAAGCCUGGGGAGUCCAUUACAGAAGCUUGAUGUACCUACCACGUUUACCAUCCCAACCCAAAGGUUUGGGCUCACCUUCAACCAGGACAACUCUAUUUCCCUUCGUUUCAGAUGAAACAUUUCCCAUGAGAUUUCAUAAGCAAAAAAUUAAAAAUGUUUAUGCUGCUAACAGUACCUCAGGGAUUUGCUUCCUGAGAGAGAUGGGGGAAUAGGCUACUUUAGAAAAUGAGAGAAGAUAAUUUUAACAAAUGAAACAUUCACGAUUUUGUUAAAAAUCUUGAAACAUUUCUUCUUAUAAUAUUAAAAAGUUUUCACAACAAAAA